GCGCGGAGAAUCCUGCAUGGGCUCGGUGAUGGGUGACAUCGUCACCCCUGAAUGCGAGCCGUGGCUCGUCCAGAUGGCGACUUGUUUCGGCUCAUCAUCAGUCUGUCACGUUUCCCACUUCCAGCGUAUUACAUAUCUGAAACAGCACACACCACAACUACAUCCCUGUUUAGAGUGCUAUACCCAGCCAAUAUACAUACCGAAAAGAAAAUGGAUAUGCGGUUCUCCAUAUACUCAUCAUUGCAUCCCUGUCCUGUCUUAACUUUCAUAUUGCUUUUGACAAGCAGUCACAUUUGGAUAUUUGGCUUGGGCACCACUGAUCUAUUACAAUGAAAGUACUGGUAUGCAUGCCAGCUGCUCUAUUUCGACAUGAA